UUGGGCUCUGCGCAUCCGUCCCUCGUCGGAUUGCAAUUCGGUAGGAGGCACUGUGAUGUGGCGAGUGCGGUGACGGGCGGAGGCGGCUUCGAACUGGGUGCGAGCGAGGUGCUGGGCGCGGCGCGGUCGUGGCGCGCGCGUGCGCUGGAUGCAGUAAGAGCGGGCGCGGGCGCGGACGCGGGCACAGUAGCGGGCGCUGGGGCGGCGGGCGCGGGCCCGGGCGGCGCCGUGGCGAUGACGGUGCAGCGCGACGAGCGCGACGCGCGCGCUCCGCGCACACGCUUCAUGAUCACGGACAUCCUCGACGCAGCGCCGAGGGAUCUCAGCGCGCAUCGGGACUCCGACUCCGAUCGUUCAACUACCGACUCACCAGGCGUAAAAGAUGACUCGGACGACGUAUCAAGUAAGAGCUGCGGAGGCGACGCGUCAGGGCUCGCUAAGAAACAAAGAAAAGCGAGAACAGCCUUCACUGACCACCAGCUGCAAACCCUGGAGAAAUCUUUUGAGAGACAGAAGUAUCUUAGCGUGCAAGACCGAAUGGAGCUCGCAGCUAAGCUGGGCCUCACAGAUACUCAAGUCAAGACGUGGUAUCAAAAUAGACGGACGAAAUGGAAACGUCAGACAGCAGUAGGGUUAGAAUUGUUGGCCGAAGCUGGAAAUUACGCGGCGUUCCAACGGUUGUAUGGUGGAUACUGGGCGGGCGUUCCUGCAUAUCCUGCGCAGCCAGCGCCUGCAGCUGCAGACCUGUACUACCGGCAAGCGGCUGCGACCGCAGCAGCCGCUGCCUCAGCCACCGCCGCUAACACGCUUCAGAAACCGUUGCCUUAUCGGUUAUAUCCUGGUGCACCGUUAGCAGGUGUGCCACCUCUUGGGCUAGGAUUGCCCGGUCCUUCGGCUCACCUGGGCUCCCUAGGGGCGCCAGCUUUGGGUGCUUUAGGUUACUAUGCCCAAGCACGACGCUCACCAUCCCCAGAUGUGGACCCAGGUAGUCCUGCGCCACCACCACGAUCCCCUAGGGAACACUCAGUGGAAAGACGCACGGACGACGAAGACGACGAUGAACCUAUACAUGUUUAA